AUGUACACGAUUGGCCCCAGUCCGGAAUUUUCCCGGCAGACGAGUCCCGCGUCAAGAGACUGGAAUCCCCGAAAGCGUGGACGAACAGCGUGUACACGCUGCAAGACCAGAAAGCAGAAAUGCGACAAUGAAUAUCCCACCUGCUCCAACUGUCAGAAAGCCGGGGUCACAUGCGACAAGUCUAGCGUGCGCGAAGACUCGGACAGGCAGAACGAUUAUACACGCGCCCUAGAGGAGCGGGUGGCUUUCCUUGAAGGCCGACUUGGCCAGUCGGAUCUACUGACCAGCCAGCAUGUUGCUUCGAUCCCAGCAUCAACCUGGUCUCCUCAAGGAUAUAGCACAACGCCACAUGGAGCGAGUUCCGGCUUGGACAACAAUCCAGUUGGAGAAAUCGUGGGCCUCCUUGCCCUGAGCUCAUCCGAAGCACCCGCGUAUGUGGGUUCAAGCUCCGGCCUCUCCUUGGCCGCUAACCUGGGGGAGAUGGUCCAGACAAGUGUCUGGAACCAAUUUAUCUCACGGAUGCAGCCGCAGCAAAACCAUACAGGGAACCCUGCCUCUCAAAGUACAACAGGUCUGGCUUCAGGGGCGCCGCAGCAACUCGGGGGCGGGUGCGCCCGAAUUCGAGAUAGAACCAAAAGGGCAGAAGAACUUCUGCCAGAGCCGCCGAAUGAUGAGAUGGGAUCACGGAUGAUCGAAACGUACCUCAAGCGGCUUCAUUCCCGCUACCCGUUCCUCGAUCGGAAGCAGAUCUGGCGACUUCAUGAAGAACGUUGGGAGUUGGCGAAAACAAAACGCGAAGAUCUCACAAGAUCUGACAGAUUUUCCAUUUUCAAGCUGAAUUUGGUUUAUGCUAUUGGAGCAACGAUGCUUCAGCUCAGUGAGAAAUAUAAAUAUUCAUACACUGCACCAGAGCGGUUCUAUGCCUUUGCACUGCAAUAUGUGCCCACAAUGUGCGAAGCGCGCUCCAUCGAGAACAUUGAAGCAAUGGUACUCCUUGUUGUCUACCAUCUCCGUACUGCGUCUAGCCAUGGCAUGUGGUAUAUGAUCGGGCUGGCAAUGCGCACAGCAAUCGACCUGGGCCUCCACAGAAAAGCAAACGAGAUCAACAUGGACCCAUUCACGACUCAAAUGCGAAGAAGACUCUUCUGGACAGUCUACUACCUAGAAAGAGUAGUCUCCAUGUCCCUCGGCCGUCCAUUCAGUAUCUCCGACCGCCACAUCGACCUCGAUCUGCCUAUAGAUAUCGACGAUGACAUCCAAGAUCCGGCUUUACUCACCGCACCACAAGCCCCUGGAACGACAACAACACUAACAUUCGCAAUCUACCUCUUCAAACUCCGACGCAUCGACUCCCGCAUCCAGCACAAGAUAUACCGCGCCGACCGACCCCUCUCCUCCCUCCGACUCAAAAUGGACCCCCUCUACCUCGAACUAGAAGACUGGAAAAAGUCCGCCUUCCUCCGUUUCACCGGCCAAGACCUUGACUACCCAAUGCUACACUACAACCGAGCCGUCAGACUCCUCAUCCAACCCCCUUCCCCCCUUCUCCCUAUCACAGACCCCUACUACCAAAUCUGCCUACACGCCGCCGGUGAAAUCUGCCAAUCCCACAAACGCCUCCACCAAACUCUCGAAUACGGUCACUCUUUCCUCGCCGUGCAAACCGUCUUCAUGGCGGGUAUCACCUUACUCUACGCACUCUGGACACACACAGACCAAGUCUGGACAGUGCGAAUGAGUAACGACAUCCGUGCCUGCUCAACCGUGCUCUUCGUAAUGGGGGAAAGAGCAGCAUGGGUAAAGAAAUACCGCGACGCAUUCGAGUUACUGGUCAACGCAGCAAUGGAAAAAUUACAAGGCAACGAAACUGCACGGAGCGCAGGAAUGGCAGAACUUAUGACAGCGCAGCAUGGCACGGCCUCUUCAAAUGCGACUAUGCCCGGCAUAUCCAGCAGUGAACGACUACAUGCGGAAAAUCCGACGGGUUUGGCGCCUGAUACUGCGGAUCUUGGGGCACAGCCUUAUCCGGAUGAGGAUAGUGGUCAUGCGGUGAGGAUGGCGCUGCAGCUUGCGCCUUGGAUUGAUCAGAAUCAGAGUGAUCCGCUCUGGAUGCCGGAUUUUGAGACGUUGGAGAGUUUGUCGGGGAAUUUUUGGAGUGGGACUGAUACUGCACUUUUUGAUGCAUUGUGA